AUGCGCGUGGAAUUCGUACAUCACUAUGAGGGACUCUGUAUUCGGCGCUUCAGGGAGAGCACAUUGCGCUUCCUCAAGGAAGGUAUCGUCUUCCAAAUUGGUCGCAAAGACCUGUUCCAGGUUCAGCGCUUUGGCAUGUUGUAUCUUCAGUGGGAGGAUUACCACCCUUCCGCUGACAGGCUUCCACUCACCGUUGUUGUGCUGCUGCGCCCCCGGCUUGCAGAAGGCGAUGAGCAGGUUGUGAUCGCCAUCUGCCUCGAUUCCCCAGCAGCCUGCGUGGCCGUUGGUAAAUUGGGCUACGACCGAGCCGGUAUAAUUUUCGAUGGCGUCAAUACCAUGAGUGAAUCGGGCUUUGGAGCGGCAACGGCGGAGCUCGGAGUGACGUACAACUUCUAA